CAGCGGAGAAGUCGGAAAACACCGGACAUUCACGGAUUAGUUUAAAUGAGGAGUCAGGAGGACACGGCGGCUCCGUCCUCUGCGGAAUUACCGACGUACACGAACGUAGGUUGAACGUUUUUGUUUUUAAUUUUGGAGUCAGUGAGCGAAGUUCCUGCGGAACCGAGCCGUGUUUAUGUCCGGAGGUUAGCUUAAAGCCCGAGUAGCGUUUAGCUGCUACACGCAAACAGACAGACGUCCGGGCCAACGAGUCGUGCUGUCACCGACAUUGUUAAUUCAGCCUCGUCUGUGGUCCAGGGAGAAUCACCGACAGGGUCUGACUGCACCUGAGGAGCGACCACACUUUGUUUUGGAGGUCAACAACACGGACGGAGAAACUCGUCGGUUCCCCACAAACGUCCAGGGCGUCGAAUGUGCUCAACAACAUGGAUGUGACGUGGACUUCAGGCAGCUCACAGAAACCACAGCAGGAACUGAGUAAAUAACAUUUCCCUCUGUCAGCUGCUGACGGGACACUUCCACAGGAUCCUGUGUUUGUCUGAAGAGGAGGAGGAAGCCUUUCUCCUUUGUGUUCUCGUUCAGCUCGUCUUCACUCCCACUCAGCUCCUCAGUUCAACAGUGAAGGAUGAAUGGCCUUUCUUUCAGCGAGCUCUGCUGCCUGUUCUGCUGCCCGCCCUGUCCCAGCCGCAUCGCGGCCAAGCUCGCCUUCUUGCCUCCCGAGCCCACCUACAAGUUCCUCCCCGACCUAGAGGCGGGACCUGCCUCAACGGGGACAACGGGGGCAACAGGGCCAUCGAACCCGCGGACACGGAGUGGAGCGUCCGUUGCUGGAAGCGGAGGGUCAGGAGAUGUGGAAGGUAGAUGGACGCUUCAACUGUUGGAGAGAGCAGAGUAUCAGUACACGCAGAGGGAGCUGGACAUGACAGAGGUGUUCCUCACUCGAUCCAGCCGGGGGAACAAAGUCGGCUGCAUGUACAUUCGCUGUGUCCCUAAUGCCAGGUUUACAGUGCUUUUCUCUCAUGGUAAUGCAGUCGACCUCGGCCAGAUGAGCAGCUUCUACAUCGGCCUUGGCACUCGCAUCAACUGCAACAUCUUUUCCUACGACUACUCCGGCUAUGGAGUCAGCACUGGCAAACCCUCUGAGAAGAACCUCUAUGCAGACAUAGACGCUGCCUGGCAUGCCCUGCGCACACGGUAUGGUAUAAGCCCCGAGAAUAUAAUCCUGUAUGGACAAAGCAUCGGUACAGUUCCUACUGUAGACCUGGCGUCGCGGUACGAGUGCGCUGCCGUUGUUCUUCACUCACCUCUAACGUCUGGCAUGAGAGUGGCCUUUCCUGACACAAAGAAAACCUACUGCUUCGAUGCUUUCCCCAACAUUGAGAAAGUGUCCAAAAUCCCGUCUCCAGUGCUCAUCAUCCACGGGACAGAGGACGAGGUGAUCGACUUCUCCCACGGCCUGGCUCUGUUUGAGCGCUGCCCCAAGGCCGUGGAGCCUCUUUGGGUAGAGGGGGCGGGACACAAUGACAUUGAAUUAUACAGCCAGUAUCUGGAGCGCCUGCGCCGCUUCAUAGGACAGGAGUUGGCGAUACAACACGUCUGACCGUCACCAACCUCUUCGCCCUUUUUCCUACUUUGUCCUGAAUGGAAACAUUUUCGAGUGUCAUCUAAAGCAUCUCUCGGCUUACUAUGGCACCAGAUGAUGUAAUGUUUCACGUACUGUUUUUAAGGCACAGUAUGCCUCAAGACUCAAAUAGCAUUUAGACUGUUUUUUUUUUUUUUGCAGAAACUUGAAAGUACAGAGGCCAUCUGUU